AUGGCGUCCACUAAUAACAAUAACCACAAUAAUGAGGCGGGACUACCCACGAAAUUACUCCCAGAAAACUUCCUACAUUGCCAAAGAGAGGAUCUCUUGACCCUAAUAUCACGGAUGAUAACGUCGUUAAUCAUCAUUAAUGACAAAUACCUACCGAUCAUCCAUAACCAGCUGAAUUUGUCGUCGCUGAGCCUUACGCGAUUCCAUUCGCGUGCUCCACCGUCGAUUCUGGUGUACGAUUACCUUAUGCGGCUUGCGUACUACAACUCGUUGGAGAAUCUGGUGUUGAUCAUUGCCAUUUAUUAUAUCGAUUUAUUGACCACAAACUACAAGAACUUCAGUCUCAAUUCGCUAACGGUUCAUCGAUUCCUAUUGACCGCGACCACGGUGGCGUCGAAAGGACUUUGCGAUUAUUUCUGCACUAAUAUCCAUUACUCCAAAGUUGGUGGGGUAAAAGUCCACGAAUUAAAUUUUUUGGAGAUGGAGUUUUUAGAGAAAGUAAAUUGGAAAAUCAUCCCCAGUAAAGGUGGCGAGGUGGAAAAAUCUUAUUAUGAUAGUGGUAAUGGGGCACCUUCGACAUCAUCAUCAUCAUCAUCAUCAUCGUCAUCAUCAUCAUCAUCAUCAUCAUCUACCAAUCCUCAACAUGGCGGAAAUUAUUUGGACCAGAGGCACCGGAAAAAUAAUGAUGAUUCAUCGAAUGAAAUUAUCACUGGUGAUGAAUUAAGUCCUCGUCAAACCAAACGACAGAAAAGUUUGAAAAAUGAAGAUCAUGAUGAUGAUUACUCCUCCUACGAUCAACCCAACUCGAGAAAUUUGAAUCCCACUAAAAAGGCGUCAUCAAAUUAUGGCAAUCAGACAAAUAAUGGCAAUCAGACAGAUAAUGAUAAUGCACUGUUUUCUCUGACCGUACCAUCUUCAUUACCUGGGGGUUUUGCUACAAAUGAUAAACCAAGAAUGCAAGUAACCAAUAAUGACGAUAACGACAACAACAACAACAACAACAACAACAAUAACAAUAAUGACAAUAACGACCUCAAUAUUAACCAUCAGAACCCAGUGGUUAUUCCACCAUGUAUUAUUAAAUAUCAACAGCAGAACCAUCAUCAACUACCCACGCAAAAACACAUCAUCAGACAGAAAAUGAUGGGGGCUAGUCAUUCCGCAAGUAUUAUAGACGAGUAUUAUAGAAAAAUGAUUGAGUUAGUGGGUAGCGAAGCGGGGAUCAACCUCCAUAGUACCAAUUGCUCAACUGCCACUACUUUGUAUACUUUGCAAUUAAAGAAAUCAAAGGCAUGA